AUGGGCGUGGGAUUACCGUUUACCCCGUCUAGGGCCAUUCUUUCGCUCCUUAUUACCUUUUUGGUCUUUUAUUGCCUUUGGAGCAGCCCAUCUUACGGUCGCCGCAACAUCCCAUAUGUUCCCAGCAGUUAUGACUGGAGCCAGCACGUCCACAAGCAGCCCGUGAGCCCCUCUGGGCGGGUUGGUCUGCCCCGUGGCAUCCCUCUCGAAUUACCCCGGAUUCAGCAUGAUUUCUCGGCCGGCGACCUCAGGAAACGAGACCUCGACACGGCCAAGCAACGGCGAGACGAGAUCAAGCGUGCUUUCCGAAAGACUUGGACUGCGUAUGAAAAACACGCAUGGGGUCGGGAUGAAUUGGCGCCGCUUACUUUGGACGGGCGCGAUACCUUUAGCGGAUGGGCUGCCACCAUCGUCGACAACCUCGAUACCUUGUGGAUCAUGGGUAUGAAGAAAGAGUUUUACAAGGCUGUUGGUUAUGUUGCACAGAUGGAUUGGGAUCAACCUACCAGUGACGGAUUCAACGUCUUUGAGACCACGAUUAGGCAUCUCGGAGGUUUGCUGUCAGCAUACGAGCUCAGCGGGGAGGGCGUCUUGUUGAGAAAGGCGGUUGAGCUGGGCGAUCUGUUGUACGCAACAUUCGACAACUCGGAGCAUAUGCCACCACACACCAUCAAAUUUCGCCAUCUCAAAAAAGGUGAAGGUCAUCCGGAGCCCAGGCAAAGCACUGCCAGUCUGGGAAGCAUGAGUUUGGAGUUUACUCGUCUUGCGCAGCGAACUGGCGACGCCCGGUACUAUGACGCUAUCGAUCGGAUUACCCAGGCCUUUAAGCGGACACAGAACGAGACGUCUCUUCCUGGCCUGUGGCCACUCCGGAUCGAUGCGUGGAAUGGAUUCAAAGUGAACGACGACACAUUUGGGUUUGGUGCGAAUGGGGAUUCUCUGUAUGAGUAUCUUAUCAAGGAAUAUGUCUUGUUGCAGGGACUGGAGCCCAAGUACAAGGACAUGUACCUCGAUGCUGCCGAUGCAGGCAUGAAGCAUUUGAUCUUCCGACCGAUGCUGCCAGACAAAGACGACAUUCUCAUGCUGGGAGAGGCUAGCUUGUUCAGAGAAAAGGUGAGGUUGAAGACGGACGUUGAGCAUCUGACUUGUUUCGCUGGAGGUAUGUAUGCCCUCGGAGGCAAGGUCCUUGGACGGGAUGACCACGUCGUCGUCGGCGAAAAGCUGGCUCGCGGGUGCGCCCGCGCAUAUGCUGCGUAUCCCUCCGGCCUCAUGCCCGAAAUUGUCAACCUCCAAGCCUGUCCAAGCUGGGAACCCUGCGAAUUCGCACCGCGAUCGAAAAAGGAGCCCCUAGGUUUCCAAGCCCGCGACAGGGCAUACCUCCUCCGCCCGGAAGCCAUCGAAAGCAUCUUUAUCCUCUACCGCAUCACUGGCAACCAAGAGUUCCGCGACAUUGCGUGGACCAUGUGGACGGCGAUCCGGAACGCUGCCGAGACGAGCGAGGCGUUUGCGGCGGUUGAGGACGUGACGAGGGAGGAUGUGAAGCUCAAGGAUUACAUGGAGAGCUUCUGGCUGGCCGAGACGCUCAAGUACUUCUUCCUCAUCUUUUCCGACGAGGAUGUUAUUAGUCUGGAUGAGUGGGUGUUUAACACGGAGGCUCACCCGCUGAUGAGGACGGCUGUUGGAAAUUCUAGAAGGUCAAGAUAA